CCUUUGCAUUUGGAAUACCUACAGUACACAAUUAGAACUUUGUUCUAUUCUGAGAAUUCUCUCUGGCGCUCUCUUCGAUUGUCAAUAAAAUAUAUCAAUUCAUUAAGAGACAGUAAUAUCUUUUGUUUCUUCAUAUAUAUUUAACAACAUUUUUUUCCAGAGAAUAUACUACUUAUUUUCAUAAUUAGAUCAAAAUGUAAUUUUUAAAAAAAAAAUGGCGGCGUAGACUUUUACUAUCGUUCGUCUUCGUUUUUAUUUUUUUGCUCUAGGAUUUUCUUAACGAAAUAAUUAUAUUCUACUCAUAAAACAAGUUGCAAAGGCAUUUGUUUCGGUUAAAGUGUCCUUUUGUAACCUUUGGGAACCUAAAUUUUUGCAAAUAUAUUCCAGACUUUCCUGUUUUUUUUCCGGCUAUUUACCCUCGCGUACACAGAAGCAACAAGAUAAAAAAGAAACAUUACUGAACAUUUCGAAUCUAACAAUAGUUUGAAGAGCUCCCUUAUUACUAUUAUUGAAAAAUGUCCGAGUGGAACGAAGAUAACACAGUUGAAAAAGAAGAAGAAUAUCUUUCCCCCAAAGAAAUGCUUUCAGUGGCUCCGUUUUUUGAGAUUCCUGAGAAACCGGUUACGUUAACCUGUAAAGAAUCCUGUACAAAAUGGUUACUUUUCGUAUUCAAUACGUUCUUUUCGUUUGUAAGCCUAUUUUGUAUGGGUUUUGGCACGUGGAUGCUGACGGAUGAUACAACUACAAGCUACUUAGAAAUUACGAAAUUAGCACUUUUUGAACCGGUAAAAAAUGCAAAUGGAACUGUUUUUGUUAAUUCAGCAGAAUUACCUAAUACUGGAAAAUUAAUAAUAAUCUUUAUAAUUGCUCUUGGCGGAUUUACACUUUUGAUUUCAUUAUUGGGAUGUUGUGGUGUUCUAUUUCAAAAGAGAACUGUGAUAAAGGCUUAUGCAUUCAUGAUAUGUUUACUAGUUCUUCUACAAAUUAUUGGUCUUAUAGCAGCAAGCGUUAAUAUCAACCAGAUUGAUUGGAAUAUGCAUGAAAAUAUGAGAAAUUUUGUCCAACACGAAUAUAUGAAUCGAGGAACCAGAUUGGAAAAUGCAUGGAAUGAUAUGCAACUAGGAGUAUGA